AUUUUCAUUUAAUUUGCGUGUGGAGCCCGCUUUGCAAAUUGCGGUGAGAGUCAGAAAUCUUGAAGAAGAAAAAUAGUGAGCGGAUCCCUAGCUCUAGCUUUGCUUGGGGAUUGAUGUUUGGACGACUACGAUUGACGACGACCAUGGCUAUUCGCUCCGUCUUCGUGGUCUUAUUCUUGCUGAUCAUCGGCGGGAGAUGGAUCGUCUUUGCCGAUGGCAGCAGCGGUGGCGCCGGGAGGAACGGCUACUCCGGCGGAGCAUGGUCGUCGGCUGUUGCUCCCUCCAAUGUUGGCUUAGCUGUCGCUGUCACCGUCAUGGCCGGUCUCGCCGUGGCUUUCACCGUCGCCUACUCCCGUAGAGGGAGCAUUGGAUCACCUUGGUCACUGAGGAGAAGAAAGCAUGCUCUUCAACCUAGUCAGUGGAAUGCUUUUUUCAACGACCAAGGCCAACUCAGUGAUGGAGGUGUCAAAUUUCUCAAGAAAGUUCGCAGUGGGGGUGUGGAUCCAAGCAUCAGACCUGAAGUUUGGCCGUUCCUACUUGGAGUGUAUGACUUAAACAGCACCGAAGAAGAAAGAGAUUCUAUUCGACAGCAGAAACAGAAGGAAUACGAAAACCUGCGGAGACAGUGUCGCGAGAUUCAUAAACGCAAUGAAAAUGGUUGUGACUCAAAGCAAACAGCUCAGAGCAGCAACACCGAUGACAGUCAGGUUCUUGAUUCCCAUGAUAUUGCAGAAGUCAAUAGUUCAAAGAGAUCCAUCCAAGUAGAAGAAGAAUCAGAGAAGUUGAAUUCCAAAUCGAUUCUUCAGGAUGGGGACUGUGAAGAGAGUGGCGUCACCUCCGAAGAUGCUGCUAAUGACUCAGACUCAACCAACUCUGAAGAAACCGAGACUUCGCCUCUUCUAGAGAAAGAAGAAGCAGAAAGCCACGACACCGUUAGCUCAGACUCAACCAAAUCCGAAGAAACCGAGACUUCACCUCUUCAAGCCAAAGACGAAGCACAAUGCGUUAACUCUGAAGAAACUGAGACUUUGCCUCUUGUAGCUAAAGAAGAAGCAGAAAGCCAAGAUAAAGUCAACCAAGAAAAAGACACUCUGACUCCAUCACCAAACCCAAAAUCUCAGGCCGAAGAGGAAUUCAACACAACUUGGCAGAGAAUUAUCCGCCUGGAUGCAGUGAGAGCAAAUGAUGAAUGGGUUCCCUACUCACCGUCUCAAGCUGCUGUGUCUGACAAAAAAGCCCGAGGAAUAGCCACAGAGGUUGGUCUUAAUGACUACGAGCACUUGGAGCCCUGCCGGAUCUUCCACGCGGCCCGUCUGGUCGGCAUCCUCGAAGCCUACGCAGUGUAUGACCCAGAAAUCGGAUACUGUCAAGGAAUGAGCGACUUACUAUCUCCGUUAAUCGCAGUAAUCGAAGACGACGCCUUAGCAUUCUGGUGCUUCGUCGGGUUCAUGAGUAAAGCACGUCAUAAUUUCAGGCUAGACGAGGUUGGAAUCAGGCGACAACUCUCAAUGGUAUCGAAGAUCAUAAAAUACAAAGAUAUACGCUUGUACAGGCACUUAGAGAACCUAGAAGCGGAAGACUGCUUCUUUGUAUACCGUAUGGUGGUGGUUCUGUUCAGACGAGAACUAACCUUUGAGCAAACGCUGUGUCUCUGGGAAGUCAUGUGGGCGGAUCAAGCAGCCAUAAGAACCGGGAUUGCAAAGGCCACUUGGGGUAGAAUCAGGUUACGGGCACCGCCCACAGAAGAUUUGUUGCUGUAUGCAAUAGCUGCAAGCGUGUUGCAGAGGAGGAAGACGAUCAUAGAGGAGUACAGUGGGAUGGAUGAGAUAAUGAAGGAAUGUAAUAGCAUGGCUGGUCGUCUUGAUGUUUGGAAACUUCUUGACGAUGCUCAUGACUUGGUUGUCAAUCUUCACGACAAGAUCUGAGAGAGAGAGUGUUAAAUCUCACUCUUUGCCACUAUCACUUUACUUGUUGCACUUUUUUGUUAGUGUGUUCAUCUGUUAUUGUUACUUAAAAAUGUGAAACAAAUGUUGUCCCAAAAGCGCUCGAAAAAACGUUUCAUCCA